GACGCGUCACAUCUAGCAUUUGGAUAUAUUGCGUACGCCAAUCAGCUUGCGUGUGGUGAGCUAUUAUAAAAUUGCUAUCAGGGUUGUUCAUGCUUCGCAAUGGUUUCGUAUUAUACUGAAAAUAGAAAAUCACCGUUGUGACUGUCAUGGCCACCAGUAAGUCUCAAAUCUGAGCGCUAUCGAACUUAGCACUAACCCAACAUCAUUAGGCCGAGAAGAGCGCAUGCAACAGCGCAUGCGAGGAGCUGGACGUCAUGAAGUUGGCGAUGAUUCCUUUGGCUUCGUUUUGCCCGUUGCUGAGACCUCUCCCGAUCCAUCUCCUUCAUUGCCUCAGAUACGCUCGGAGCCUAACACCUCUGCGAAGCGGCGGCGACUGAACAACAAUCAUGGGUCAGCAGAUUCGCAACCGUCGAGCGCCUCAACUGCGACAAGAUCUUCAGCACGACUCAGUAGUGGGCAAAAGUCCGCCCAGAUCAAUGCAAUCCACCAAGAGGUAUCACGAACAAGCGGUUGGCCGCAAGUUUCGCCACCCACAACGACGAAAAGAAUUUCGGCCCGGCUUAGUACACUGGAUCUGAACCCCGGCGAUAGACCCCAGGAUGGCGUCAUCAAUGGUACUCACAGCGGCUUGCCAGCUUCUGACAUAACCAUGGGAGAACCCCAGGAGCAGGGAGACUCGGAGACGUUGCUGAAUCCUACUCCGCGACGGGUUUCGGGACAAUCACGAGGAUCGGCGGCAUCAAGAGUUUCGGAUGUAUCUAUGGUAGACUUUGUGGAAGAAGUUACGGAAAGCCCUGCCACAGCUCCCGGCAGUGGCCGUCGCCGCCGUAUCGAACAAACAGACGCCGUGACUCAGAGUACGAAAUUGCAAAGGGUAGUCAUGCAAGAAGAAGAAGCAGGACUUACAGGUGAAGUAGCGACAUCUUCGCCAUUAGUACGGAAAGCUAGGCAAAGCAUGGCAACGGUGGGUACUCUUUCUGGAAGGACAACAAGAGCAAGUGUACGGCAAACAUCCUCGUCGCCAGUUGAGUCGCUUCAUGGAUCGUCGCCCCUUGCCCGUCGAUCUCGCCAGAGUAGUAGCACAGCAGCGGCAGAUUCAGUCAGGUCUACACGGAGCCAGCAUCUGCAAACUACCCCUCAGGCCGCCGAACUUUCUUCGCCUCCAGAUGCUGCAGGUACUAGAAGUCCUAGGAAGCCUCAUCUGAAAGGAAAGAUACCAGAUACCAUUCUUGAAUCUCCCUACGAGAUUGAGGAUAGCGGGGACGAUAAUCAACAAAUCGAGGCUGAGGCCGAAGUUGAAGCCGAGGUUACGGCUGAUCAUGAAGAAGCUGAGGAAAUUGACGACCUCGAAGCUGCCCAACGAAUAGGUCGCAAGCGUCCUAGAAUCAGUCCUCGUCGGAAGCAGCUAUCCGGCAAUGCGGGUAGUGUUGACUCUCCGAGUGUCGGGGCUGAGCAGUCUGGCAGAACGAGCCGAUUAAAGCGAAAGAAAGUCAGCCCUGUGAAGCAAGCACAACCAAAGGCUAUCAAGGAGAAGAAGAAAAGGCCCUCAGUGAGACGGAAAAGCAAUGGAGAUUCCAUCCCCGUCACUGUUCAGAGAUACACAAAACCAUUACGACGCAAUGAGGAAGAUGCAGAUGAGGAUAUCCUCGAUGCCGACAUCCCUUUUACUGAUCACAAGUCUCCCAAUAUCGUUGAUGUGGUACUACAGAUGUGUGAGGAGUCACUUGACAAAUACCUCACAGCCCUACAUGAAGAAGCCAACCAAGCAGAUGGAUCAGCGGAUAGAAAGAUGUAUAGGACAAAGCUACGAGUCGUAGAGGCAUUUCAAGAGGAACUACGGACACGACUGCAGACACAAACCAUUGCCCUCGACAAUCUCCGCACGCUUAAGAAGCGGGUUCGCGCAGCGCAGAAAGAAAAGGUUUCACUUCGUAACGAAAUAUUGAGAAUCCGUGCUGAAAGGGAGCAAGUAGCUCUCAAGAUGGACGCUGUCAGGAUGCGACACGAAACCGCCAACGAAGAAUUGCUAUAUCAAUUGGGAUUAUCCUCUGCCAUGGACGAUAUCGAAUUGGCUGUCGAGAACGGGAAGAUGGCGCCUCCACUGAAUCCAAAAGAACACAAAGUCGCCGAGUUGGCAAAUCUAGACAUCUUGAUUUCUCAGAUCACGAACCAAGUUAGCGCGACAGGUGAAGGAGGCGGAACUCUUAAACAAAUCAAAGACUUCAACAUGUUUCUUGAACGGGCUGCCAUCGCGCUCGAGGGCAGGUGAUUGAAACAUGUGUCUUGAAGAAUUUGGUUUACGAGCUGUCAGACACGAUGAGACGAGAUCAUGAUAAUGUUGGGUUGUAACAAGGGUUUGUUACCUUGAUACGCCAGUUGGUUUUGUCUGACUACCAAGGCGCAUAUCGGUGUUUCGGCUUGGGCUUCACUAGCCACGGUCUGCAUGAGCAGACACUACAAUAAAAAUCAAGGACGAUGGAUUAAAGCGUUCGGAAUCGGGUCAAACCCAAAGUAUGAUAGGCCAGGAUAAAGCCAUUUGAAUAGCAAUUUUCUGAGAAACCUAAACCAGCAGUGGAAAAACCUCUGUGCUUACACCUCUGGCUCCUUUUGAUUCUAGUACGUUAUGUUGCCGUCAUAUUGAGUUGGAAGUUUGUUACAUGUCGGAUAUGAUGGAUAUAGCAAACAUGUCUCAUGAUGCAUCAUUGUUAAGGGAGC